UCUCUGCCAAGAUGGGGACACGACUGAACGACAGCAAAGUUGUGAACAGGAUAAAAAGGAGAUAACUAAUGGAUAGAAAGCACUGGCAUUAAGAAGAGUGAGGGAAGGCUUCCUGUGGAAGACGACGUUUUAUUGGAGACUUAAAGGAGGCCGGGGAAGUCAGUACUCUGAGCGGAGAAGGGAAGCACGCCAGGCACCGGGGAGUGCCCAGAGCCGAGAGAUGGAGAAUCCUGUUCUUGGAACAGCAGGAGGCCAGGGUCCUCGGAUCCGGGAGGCCGCGGCUGGGAUUAAUUAAAAGUACUACGCUCCGGGGACACAGGAAGAAGGGCAAGCGAAGUGAACCGGGGAGAAUACCCGCCACCCGCAACCUCUUUGCCAAACUGCGCACGCGUAAAGACCAGACCAAGCGCGAGACCUCUGGGCCCUUACUUUCCCGGGCCUUCCGUUCCGGCGCUCCGAAGAACGGCCGGCGGCGCGCGUGGUUGAAGCAGAUCCCUGACUCCAGGCCCAUUCUCUGGCCACUUGGACAUCUUCUAGAGACCUCUCUUUGGUAUUAUCCUGCGAAGAGCCACCUGGAAUCUUGUCCUCCGUGGUACAUGUUUAAGAGAUGGGUGAUUCUGAUGAUGAUGACAUCCCUCAGCUUUCUUCCCAUACCCUAGCAGCUCUGCAGGAAUUUUAUGAUGAACAGCAACAGCGAAAGACUGACCCUGGUGAAGAUAAUAAAUAUAACAUUGGGGUAAUAGAAGAAAAUUGGCAAUUGAGUCAGUUUUGGUACAGUGAAGAAACAGCAUUACGAUUAGCUACUGAAGCUAUUAUAGCUGCUGGUAAAGGUGGAAGGAUAGCAUGUGUCAGUGCCCCCAGUGUUUACCAGAAAUUGAGAGAGUUGAAUGGUGAAGACUUUUCAGUGUGCAUCUUGGAAUAUGACAAAAGAUUUGCUGUAUAUGGAGAGGAAUUUAUCUACUAUGAUUACAAUGAUCCUUUAAAUUUGCCUGAAAAGCUUACUCCACAUAGUUUUGACAUUGUUAUCGCUGAUCCGCCUUACCUUUCUGAAGAAUGUCUCAGAAAAACAGCAGAAACCAUCAAGUAUCUAACACAAGGAAAGAUUCUGCUUUGCACAGGUGCCAUCAUGGAGAAAGAGGCAGCAGAACUCCUUGGGGUGAAGAUGUGUAGAUUUAUUCCAAAACACACUCGAAAUUUGGCAAAUGAGUUUCGAUGCUAUGUUAAUUAUGAUUCUGGACUGAAUUCUGAAGUCAACUGUUCAUAGCAUUGUAAUACAAGAGAAUAUCCUAAAUAAAAUUCUGUUCUAUUUCCUUGAA